AUGGAAACCCCAUCCUCGGGCACAACAACACCAGUCGAUCUGGAGAAUGGACAAGGCCAGAUUUGCAAGCGGCUGACAGUGACUUUCCGAGAUCUCAAUGUGCGAGUAACGGCACCAGAUGCCGCAUUAGGAAGUACACUAUGGUCUGAAGUCGACCCGCGACAGAUUGGCGGCUUGAUUAAGCGCGGAAAUCGCCCCAAAAGAACAAUCCUCAAAGAUAUUAGCGGGCAAGUCAGGCCUGGAGAAAUGCUUCUUGUUUUGGGUCGCCCAGGCUCUGGAUGUACAUCUCUUUUACGUGUCCUCGCAAAUGACCGUGAUAGCUUCGACGAGGUCUCCGGUACCACCAACUAUGGAGCUAUGGGCCAUAAAGAAGCAAAACGCUAUCGUCAGCAGAUCAUGUUCAACAACGAAGACGACCUUCAUUUUGCAUCGCUAUCUGUAAACCGAACAAUCAAGUUCGCUCUUCGCAACAAAGUUCCCGACGAACGCCCAGAUCAUUUGAGAAACCGGAAGGAUUUCGUCCAAGACAACCGUGAUGGCAUUCUGAAUUCUCUCGGAAUUGGGCAUACGAAGAAGACCAUGGUCGGUAACGAGUUUAUUCGAGGUGUUUCUGGUGGUGAGCGCAAACGUGUCUCUUUGGCAGAAGUUAUGGCUGGACAGAGUCCUGUUCAAAUGUGGGAUAAUCCAACUCGGGGCUUGGAUUCCAAGUCAGCCGUGGAAUUUGCUCGGAUGCUCCGUCGUGAGGCCGAUCGCAACGACAAGACUAUCGUCACCACCACCUACCAAGCUGGAAAUGGCAUUUAUGAUCAAUUUGACAAGGUUCUGGUGUUGGCCGAAGGUCGAGUUACUUACUACGGCUCUCGUCGUCUUGCCCGACAAUACUUUGAAGACCUCGGAUUUAUCUGCCCCAAGGGCGCCAACAUCGCCGACUUCCUUACUUCAGUCACCGUCUUGACAGAACGCACAGUACAACCUGGUUGGGAAGAAAAGGUGCCAAGCACCCCCGAGGAGUUCGAGUCCUGCUACCACAACAGCUCCGUUUACAGGGAACAACUCGAUGCUAUUGUUCCCCCUGAGAAACUCGCUUAUGAAACCGAAGACAUUGAGAUUGCGGUGGCUAGCGAAAAAGGAAAACAACAUCUUCCGCGGAAGACAAGCCCUUACACAGCGAAGUUAUGGUCUCAGGUCGGAGCCUGUACAGUUCGACAGUUCCAAAUCAUGUGGGGAGACAAAUUUUCACUGAUGGUCAAAGUCUCAUCCGCAAUCAUUCAGGCUCUUGUGUGUGGUAGUUUGUUCUACAACUUGAAAGACGACAGCAGUUCCAUUUUCUUGAGACCAGGAGUGCUGUUCUUUCCGGUGCUCUACUUCUUGCUUGAAUCCCUUUCCGAAACGGUAGGAUCAUACAUGGGCAGGCCGAUCCUUUCUCGUCAAAAACGAUUUGGAUUCUAUCGCCCUACAGCCUUCGCCAUUGCCAACGCCACAACUGAUAUUCCAGUUGUCAUUGUGCAAGUUACCUGCUUCUCGCUGAUCCUCUACUUUAUGGCCACCCUGCAAAUGGACGCCGGAAGAUUCUUCACCUUCUGGAUUAUCGUCAUCAUGCAGACACUGGCUUUCAUUCAAUUGUUCCGAUCAGUGGGUGCUGUGUGCAAGACCUUCGGAAAUGCAUCCAAGAUCUCUGGUCUGCUUUCCACGGUUUUCUUUGUUUAUGGCGGGUAUCUCAUUCCAUUCCAGAAGAUGCACGUCUGGUUUCGAUGGAUCUUCUAUCUCAAUCCCGGUGCAUAUGCGUUUGAAGCUUUGAUGGCGAAUGAGUUCGUUGGCAGGACUUUGAAGUGUAUCGAGCCUGAUUACAUUCCUUAUGGGGCUGGAUACUCAAGCUCGGCAUCUCCACACCGUGGAUGCUCGGUGCUUGGAAGUGAUGAAAGUGGCAUGAUCGAUGGAGCAAAAUACAUCAAAGAACAGUACAGUUACUCCUAUCACCAUAUCUGGAGAAGCUUUGGAAUUCUUGCUGGGUUUUGGAUUUUCUUCAUCUUUUUGACUUCAGCUGGCCUUGAAUUGCGAAACAGCCAAAGCGGCUCUUCCGUUCUGCUUUACAAGCGUGGCAGCGAGAAGAAAAAUGACGAGUCCUCACAGCCACGAGAACUAGCAGACCCCAGUGCUCUCUUGGGAUCUGUUAAGCAAUCAACCUUCACUUGGAAGGAUCUUGACUACCACGUGCCAUUCCAUGGCGAGAAAAAGCAGCUUCUCAAUAAGGUCUUUGGAUUUGUUCAACCCGGAAACUUGGUCGCUCUGAUGGGAGCAUCUGGAGCUGGUAAAACAACCCUCUUGGAUGUCCUAGCCCAGCGAAAAGACAGCGGAGAGAUUAUUGGAUCAGUCUUGAUUGAUGGCCGACCUGUCGGAAUCAGCUUCCAGCGAACUACCGGAUACUGUGAGCAGAUGGAUGUUCAUCUCGAAACCGCUACUGUUCAGGAGGCUCUGCGCUUCUCGGCCAUUCUUCGUCAACCAUCCGGCGUGUCAUAUGAAGAGAAGAUUGCUUACGUUGAUCAUAUCAUUGAUCUCCUGGAACUGAGGGACAUCAGUGACGCUCUGAUUGGAGUACCCGGUGCUGGUCUCAGUAUCGAGCAGCGGAAACGUGUUACACUCGGUGUCGAACUUGUCGCAAAGCCUACAUUGUUGUUCUUGGAUGAGCCAACUUCCGGUCUUGAUGGACAGAGUGCGUUCAACAUUCUACGUUUCCUCCGACGAUUGGUCGACGGAGGACAAGCUGUUCUGUGUACUAUUCACCAACCUUCUGCGGUGCUAUUCGAUGCAUUCGAUGGUCUUCUAUUGUUGGCCAAGGGUGGAAAGAUGACAUACUUCGGAGAGACUGGCAAGGAAUCGCACAAGAUUCUUGAGUACUUUGCCAAAAACGGAGCACCAUGCCCACCUGACGCCAACCCUGCAGAGCACAUCAUUGAAGUUGUUCAAGGAAGUGCCACUGAUAAAACUGACUGGGUCGAUGUUUGGAACAAAUCCGAGGAGCGUGAAAAGGCACUCGCCCAAUUGGACGCGCUCAAUGAGUCCAGCAAAGCUGCCGCAGAUUAUGUUGAAGAUACAUCUGACUAUGCCACUUCUCACUGGUUCCAGUUCAUGGAGGUCUCCAAGCGUCUUAGUAUUCAUAUCUGGCGGUCACCGGACUACAUGUGGAACAAGAUCAUUCUUCACAUUUUCGCUGCGCUUUUCAGUGGCUUCACAUUCUGGAAAAUUGGAGAUGGCACCUUUGCCCUUCAGCUCAGACUCUUUGCUAUUUUCAAUUUCAUCUUUGUUGCCCCUGGCUGUAUUAACCAGAUGCAACCGUUUUUCUUACACAACCGAGACAUCUUUGAAACCAGAGAGAAGAAGUCCAAAACCUAUAGUUGGAUUGCUUUCAUUGGAGCGCAGACAGUCACUGAGAUUCCGUACCUGAUUAUCUGUGCCACGCUAUACUUCCUGUGCUGGUACUUUACCGCGGGAUUCCCUGUAAAGGCGAGCAUUUCCGGUGCGGUUUAUCUUCAGAUGAUCUUCUACGAGUUCCUCUAUACCUCUAUUGGACAGGCCAUUGCGGCCUAUGCACCAAACGAGUACUUUGCUGCAGUCAUGAACCCAGUUCUCAUUGGUGCUGGUCUUGUCAGUUUCUGUGGUGUCGUCGUUCCGUACUCAGCUAUGCAGCCAUUCUGGCGCUACUGGAUUUACUACCUGGACCCUUUCACCUACCUGGUCGGCGGUCUUUUCGGUCCAGUAAUCUGGGACGUCAAGGUCAAAUGCGAGGCUUCAGAGUUCGUGAAAUUUACUGCACCUUCUGGGCAGACUUGUGGUGACUACAUGGCCGAUUUUCUCGCAACGCAAACUGGCUACUUGCUCGACGCAAACUCGACCGGAACAUGUUCGUUCUGUCAGUACUCUCAGGGUGCAGACUACGCAAAGACAUUCAACAUCCGGGAGAAAUAUUAUUCCUGGAGAGACACUGGCAUCACGGCCCUUUUCUGCAUUUCUUCUUAUGCUCUGGUCUUCUUGAUGAUGAAGCUCAGAAGCAAGAAGACAAAGAGUGCGCGCUCUGAAUAA